GUUUUAGAUAUAGUGCGCGCUAUGGAAGCUCUUUGUGCAGGAAGAAUGAGGAUGGGCGCUCUGUUGGUGGUGUUUUCACGUUUUCCAGAUCGUGACGGAGUUUGAGGAUUCGCAACUUUGUUUCUCUUAAGACGUCGCUCUUAGGAAUUGUGUCGAAAUCCGCUCUCCGGUUAUGAAGGCUAGGUUAUGAGUGAUUUUUUAUCGACUGCAAUGUUGCGUAUGAAUGUGUAGCUCUUCCAAUUGUGUCAGCCAUGGCGAGUCGGUGCAGCAGCAAGCUGUUCACUGAGGAACAGAUUCUUGCAUUAUCCACUUAGAGUUUCUUAUUUUAUCACUAUUGCAUCCCUCUGCUCAACUCGCCCUCCUCCGCGGUGUUCAACUAGCAGAUAAGUUCUGGAGAAGCGGGAGCGUUGUCGCCAUCUCCAAUUCUCAUGGCUGCCUCCUGCUCCUCGUCCAUGGCUUGCUUCCAUUACUCUAUUGUCUAUUCUAGGGUGUCUCCAGCGGCUGCACCGCGCCCUCGCUCGCGCCGGUUUUCGUUCUCGCCUGUUUUUCGUCUCACCACCUUUCCUGCUUCGCGGACAUUAUUGCAGCUGAAGUGUGCAAGUGUGCGUGCGUGUGCGAUUCGUAGUGAAGUAGGUGAAAUAGUCAAGGGUGAGAAUGAGGGACAGUUUGUGUACACUCGAGCUAGACCUGAAGUAAGGUGGCCUCAAAGAAGUGACGGAUUUGCUCAAUAUCGCAUUACGAGAGAGUUGGGGGAUGCGGAUAGUUUUUCGGCUCGAGUCCUGCCAGACUGGGAGGUAGUUAGCGGCUGGGAUGCAAGAUUGGGAGCAACUGAAGCAACAGAAGAUGACGUGGUCAGAGAUGAGCAGCCAUCGCUUGCUCAACGGCUUGACAUGGAAAAUAAAUAUAGGGAAAGGGAGGCGUUUCGCCAGCGGCAGAAGGGACGAAUCAGGAGAAUGCAGAAUAUGUCGAAUUUGGCUCUUAGAAAAGCUAACGACUGGAAUAAUAGGGCCAGUAGAUUGUCCACUGCGAUAUGUGAGCUGAACCUGGCGAGACCGAUUGCUGAUGUGCUGAGUACCUGGCCCGAGCAGUUAAAUAAUGACGAAAUGUGUGUUGUGGUGAGGAACUUAGGUGAGAAGAACUGGCGACGAUCAGUGGAACUUUACGGCUGGUUGAAUCUUCAAAAAUGGUACACUCCUAGUCCUCGUUUUCUUGCUACAGUUCUUAGCCUUCUUGGCAAGGCGAAUCAACUGGAGCAUGCUCGGGAGCUUUUCUUGAGGGCUGAGUCGAAAAUAAUGUCUUGCAUUCAGGUUUUCAACGCAAUCCUAGGUGCGUAUGCGAAGCAAGGGCAAUGGCAGGCAGCCCAGUAUAUUCUCGAGCUCAUGGAGCUAAGUGGUUGUGAACCUGACAUCGUUACCUUCAACACUAUUGCAAGUGCUCAAUGCAAGCAUGGCUUACAUCCUGGCAUGGCAUCUGCCCUCUUGAGAGAGAUUGAAGCUUCGGAUCUCAGACCGGAUAUAAUAACCUACAACACGUUGUUAGGUGGAUGUAUCACAAAUAAGAAUAUUACAGAAGCUUUAGAGCUUAUCAAAGAAAUGGAACUGCAUGGAAUCGAUCUGAAUACCUGCACCAGCUACGUUUCAGGAAAGGAAUACCUACAGUUACAUAAGGUAGAAAAGCCGGUUAUGUCGAUACUUGAUGAAUCUUCUCAGCAACAAGUAUCUUGGAGCAAGAGUAUGUCGAUUUUUCCAGAUCAUGAUCUGGUGCAGCAGGCAAGUGUCUCAAGCCAUCUUCAGGAGGUUGAUACAACUUCGUCAGGUUCUCUCCGCAAUAGAAGCAGAAGAGAGCGAAAUCCUCUGAAUGUAUUUGACUCAAAAAAUAAAAAUAAAGAAUCCAAUCUUCCUAAAGCAAGGUCGUCCAGCAUGAGAUUAGGCGAGGCUGAAGGAGAGAACGUUUUCUGUGUGCAAGGAGCUGGACAUAUCGUACUGACAGAGAGGAGUAUUUCAAAAAAGUUCUUGCAGGUCUGGCAUGAUUCAUUACAAUUCAGGUUAUUUGAAUUCACUUCACUAGUUUUCCUGAUUUACUUGCUGAAGCCGCAGCUCUGCUGUUCGACUGUUGCUCAUAUGGUCGAGAGCAACAUAAUGGGGUAUGCCAGGUCGAAUUUUAAAUGGAUAAAAAUUGGCCUCCAAUCUAGUGAUUCUUGUCACAUAUUUGCUCCAUACGCGUGUUACCUGCAAGCCGAUUGGCUCUGUGGAGUUCAAUCAAUGUUUCAAAUGAUUUGCCUAUUCAUGCAGUGGAAGACAAUUCAUGUUAUACAUCCAGUUUUUCCAAGUUUGCAACCUCUUGGAUAUUGUCUACUUGUAGGUUCAAAACGACUUGACAGACACAAACUCAGCCCUCGCUCUCUAUGCAAUACUGCGUGGAUAUUAAAUGACAUAUGCCACGUGACCACAACCAAAUCUUAUAAACACUUUUAUUCAAGGAAGGCUCCGCAGGCAACAUUUUCUGAUAUGGAAGAAACCUAUCACUUGUCGUUGGCCUUGGGGCAAAUGGAUAGCUAUCCUACACCAGUGCGAGCACAGGAAACUACGGGAGAAGGUGUUCAAAACGUGACUGCUUCUACAUAUACAAAACUCAUCAAUGAGUGCAUGAUGAACAAGGAUUACUUAGCUGGGCUGAAGCAUUUGGUGGGAAUGGUUGAUGCUGGGAUUGAGCCAGGUUAUAUGACCUGGAUCUGUGUUCUCCAGGCUUGCGGUCAAUGUGCCUAUCGGAUUGAUUUUUUAAGGCUUCUGGCAGGUUUGCGUGAUGCAGGGUGCCCGCUACCACUCCGAGUUGUAUUGGAAAGAGAGACUGCACUUCCAGAUUUGGAAACUUGGUUGAGAAACCUGCAGACUAUGGCAGCCGACGGUGGGCAGGGCAUGGUAAAUAAUUUGGUGGAUUCUCUUUGGGCAUUCAAACUGCGUGCAACCGCUGCUCAUGUUUACGAUCUUGCAGUACGUCUCGACAUGUACCCAAGAAAUUUUUCCAGAGUCGAGGAGCAGAAUUGGGAAGCCGACCUUCGAAAUUUUUCCCCUGGAAUAGCUCUAGUUGCUAUGAAUCGUUGGUUAAUGGAGAUGCAGGUGGCAUCCUUUGAAGGUUUCCCAGAGCCUCAAAAGGAGGUGCUCAUGAUAACUGGGACUCAAGGAUAUCAGAACGGUAUUUCAUUGAAUAAGACCAUAAGAGCUCACUUGUGGGAGAUGGGAUCUCCAUUUUUCAUGCGACCCCCACGCGAAGGUGCUUUAAUAACUAAGGGUCAUGCUUUACGACUGUGGCUCAAGGAUUCGCCUCGUUGUUUCAAUCUGGAAUUGGAGGAUGAUGUGAUGUUGCCAAGGGCGAAUUCUAUGACUUCCUAUAAAAGUGCGUGGAUGUCUAGUGACGCAGUGCCUGUAAUGAAGCAGAUCCACACCAGCAUCGGUGAGGUUUGGCCUAGAAAAUAUUCAAAAUUAGCACACAUGAGCGAAACAAGGAGAAUCGAAGCUCUUGCAGCUCGUUUAGAGGGCGAGAAGCGAAGAAAACUAGAAUCUAGAGUUAAGACUACUAAGAAGAAGCCCAUCAAAAAGAACCGGUCUUUUAGACCCAAGGACAGUUGAAGUUACCAGUUCCAAAUUUUACCUGACAUGGAUGUUUCCUGCAAUGCCGUGCGUAAACCUACAAGCAGAUAGCAAGUCCCACUUGGUAUCUUCAAUCCACAUGAAAUUACUUGCGUCUCACCCAUCAAAAUCUUCAAACUUCACAAAUUGAGGGAACGUCUGAGGGAUCGCUGGGACCUCAUAACGGUAAGUACAUAAAUCUGCAUGACAAAGAUAUGGAUUUUUCCCAUUACAGGUAUCUAUCAGGUAUCCUGAUCGAGUGAGCUCCGCCACCCCAACACGAUGCCAUAUGAGCAUCUUAUCUACAAUGCGAUCAGAAGUUACAAGAUGCAAUUAAGAAUCUCUGUCUACACUUCGCUUCUCUUGUCGAAGGAGCUGCUGCAGGUAUACAAUCAACCAACCCAGUGUCACCACCCCUAUUUCCAACAUAGGCCUAUCUAAUUCCGUUAGUCCAGCCACUAGGUCUGACAUCCACAUUGAUCGGAAAGAGGUUAAAUGAUGUUAGGUUGUGAACUAUAAAUAAAAUUUAUUGUACUCAGAAAUGGGUAUGCGUGAAUUAUUAAUAA